AUGUACACAACAAAUGCCCUCUUGAACCAUCCUCUUGUCAGCCCUAUCAUGCAAACGACUCUAGGUGGACUGCCCCCGUUGUUAAUCAUGGUUGGAGGUGGCGAGAUUCUCCGCGACGAACAAGUCUAUCUGGCCCACAAAUGUGCUAAUCCUAGGAAAUAUACACGACCAGUUGAAACCCUUUCAGAAGAGGAACUUGAACUAUUGCGAAAGUACAAGCCCACAGACGUUCAGCUGCAGGUAUGGGACGACUUAUGCCACGCUGCUCCCAUACUCAGUUUCACGAGGCCCGCCAAAUAUAUGUAUAGGUCUAUUGCUCAAUUUGGUGCUUGGGCUUUGGCUAGGGCUCAGAAAAGAGGCAUCGAAAUUCUGGAUGAUGAUGAUAUCUCAGUCAUUUCCAAGUCAGGUUCUGAAACAGAUGUUGCACAGAAUGUUCAGCGCGGGAGAGAGGAAGAGCGGCAAACUGAACGGCGAGAGCCUGGAAAAGUUGGCAAAGCUGGCGACCCUCUGCCGCACUUCAUAAACCACAUGGUUCGACAACGAGUCACGCGCCACGGUGUCACUCUUCCAUUGCCUGCGGAGUCAGAACUUCCUGGCUGUUGUAUGAAUGCCUCUGUUAUCGGUGUAGCCAAGGAAGGGACCGUGAAACGUUGGCAAGAGACCAGAAAAAAAUGGGACAGCCGUUAUGCAUCGUCGAAAAUCAAAGUGCACAAGAAGAUCAUCAAGGAUAUGGUGACAGGAUUCCAAGACUUCGGAGCAGGCGAGAACCCCCCACCCACAGCCCUCGCCGGCAGACGGUUAAUCGAAUCAGACAUUGUCGAGAAGAAGAAAACGAGGAGCAUGGGCCUAGCGCUUUGGUCUUUUUGGGGAUCCAAGCAUGACGAGCUCACCGUUGAGCGCGAAAAGGAAGCCGAUAGGACACCCGAGUCACAGGACGUGACUGGUGACGAGGGGCGAGGGGCAAGGUCUUACCAAGACAUUGAAUCCCAACAACCCGAACCUUCAAAGCCGGAUAUUGCAAGCAGAAGUAGGUCUCGUCGCAGAACUGUCAUCGAUGAGCAUCAAACAGAGGAGACUGGCGUGGACGAGAAUACACCUGUGGCACAGUUAAUUGAGCAGCGCAAGGAACAAGAAGCUACUCAUCCUGGACUUCUGAGUCCCAACUACGUCCCUGAAACUGGAGUGGCAGGGAAGCGUCCAUAUAUAGACGGUAUUGCACUGCCAUUUAGCCUUAAGAAGGAUGCUGAAACAGCAAGCAUGGUAACGUUGACUUCAGUGACACCCGCAGGAGAGGGCUCUCGUCCUAUGAGUCCACAGGAAUCUUGCAUGAACUUAUCUGGUCUUCCAGGGUCGGAGGACGAGGCGAGAGCCGAGCAGAUGCUAGCAGCCAGAACCACUGGACCGGCCAUUGAGAGCUCUGAAUCGUAUCAAAUUCCUCAGAUCAAGGAGCCAGACCAAACUAAGGAAGCAAAUGCUUCCAAGUAA